AUGAAUGAUGGAGAAUGCGAGUGGAUAAAGUCAGCCCAGCUAGAGUUACGAGGGCAACCCGAGUUUAAGCAGUUAGAAAGACAGUACGGACUGAUAGAAAUGAACGGGAUACUGCAUUGUACGGGAAGAUUGGGUGAAUCAGAUUUGGAGGCAGAAGCUAGAGAGCCGAUUGUUUUGCCUAGGAGACAGUAUUUCACAGAGCUAGUGAUUAGGCAGUGUCAUGAAUCUGUUAUGCAUGGGGGAGUUCGGAGCACGUUGGUGCAACUGAGGUCGAAGUACUGGGUACCCAAGGGCAGACAGGAAGUUAAGAGAGUGAGCGGUGGAUGUGUAGCUUGUAAACGAUGGAACAGUAAGCCGUGUACACAAAUAAAGCAAGCAGCGUUACCAGAGUUUAGGGUUAGGAGAGCCGCACCAUUUGAAAAUUCAGGCGUAGAUUUUGCAGGACCUUUGUACGUAAAAACAAAGGCAAGUAUGAGCAAGGUGUACAUUGCGCUGUUCACCUGCUGUGUGACACGCGCGGUUCACUUAGAGUUAGUGCACGACUUGAGUGCAGCGACAUUUCUGCGCUGUUUAAGAAGAUUUUUUGCAAGGUUUGGAACACCGAAACUUAUUGUUUCUGACAACGCCAAAACAUUUAAAGCCGCAAAAAGGACGUUGUGCGACUUAUUUCAAUGCGAAGAAGUAGAUAAUUGCCUUAGCGCUAUAAACAUUGGGGCGGGACGGUGA